AUGGCCAAGCCCAAACAAAACGGCGGUGACUCGAAAGUCCCUCAUAAACAACAUAACCUGGUUUUAUCUCCAUCGCUUAUUGCCCAACCGCUUUUGAACGCCGACUUCGCAAGUGAAGACCCCAAUGAGAUCAUCGACACUUUAUCGCCUCUGCCCGACAACAUCACCAGCGAAGAGUCAAGCUCAAGACAUCAAAUAUUAGAAAAUGAGCUUGCAGACAAUGUUUCCUUGGCUGCAAUCGACUCAGAAGACAGCGAUAAGGACUGGUAUGCCCAUUUGAACUCUUUGUCCGUAUGGGCGUCGCCCCUUUACAGACUAUGCUUCGUAUUAUUCUUGCUUGGUAUUUGUAUCACCAUAGCACAACCAUCCAUGGAGGUCAUUUUCUACAGGUUGGCCUGCCAAGCGCUCACUAAGAACUCUAACGCUCCUCCUAAUGAACGGACAUGUGAUCCUGUAGAGGAGCAGAAGAUCGUGUCGACAUAUCUUAUGUGGAGCAGCAUCAUAAACCUGGUAGUGUCGUUGGCUACUUGCUCCAAAGUUAGUGCUCUUUCGGACAUUUAUGGAAGAAAGCCUUUUCUCACGGCCUUUGUGGUGUUGCUCAGUGUCAACUUUUAUAUGGAUUACUUCUUGAUUGCCUAUUCUACAGGCUUCCCCAUGGUAGGAAUGUGGAUUGCUACUAUUAUUGGAGCUCUCUCAGGUGGUCCUCUCUCGUUGGUGGCACUUUUCAAAGCCUUCAUUACGGAUAUUACUGACCUGGCUCGGCCCCAGGAACGAGUGAACUCGAUGAGUUAUGCUUUGGUAGCAUUUUCCGCAGGACAGAUUGUGGGGCCUCUCUUAUCAUCUCUCGUGUUGACUCACGCAAAGGGUAAAGAGGGCCAUUUGCCCAAAAUGCCGCUGGUUUCGGAUUUGGAUGCCGAUCCUGCCAACAUGAUCCCCUCGUCAGAACUCGCCCCUUUGAAACUUUUGUUGCUUGUUCUAGCAAUUGCUCUGUUGUAUUCCGUGUUCUUUUUACCAGAGCUGAGAUCUGGCAAGCUAAGAAUGAAAUCACGGUCUGCCUCGAUGGUUCAGUUGAGGAGUUUUGCAAUGAAAACCAAUACGGUAUGGUCAAAGUUAUAUCAUGGCAUUAUCACGCACGUCUCGCCACUUCGUCUUCUCAUAUACCCAUCUGAGCUUAAGACAGCUGAGAACUCUCGCAACUUCAAGCGUACACGUGUGACUGUGAUAUGCUUGACGAUCAUCGAAAUCUUACUGAGUGUUGUGGUUACGCUGAUCAUGUUAAUCGAGCUCCAGUAUUGUAUUUACAAAUACAAUUGGGACUCUAUUACAAUAUCCAAUUUUUCGAUGUCCAGGUCAUUGGUUAACAUCGUCGCAAUGGGUGUAUUGUUACCGCUUCUUUACAAGCUUGUAUUCCCCCGUUUCGAAAGAUUUGCUCCCAAGCACAACUCAUUUGAUGCUGCAGACGCAUUGGUGAUGUGUAUUGGAUUUUCGCUAUUAACAAUAGCUCUUGCGGGAGCAUCGGUAGCCCCAACGGGUGUGGAAUUUGCGGCGUUUGCAUUCACUGGCGCUUUUUCGGCGUUUAGUGGCCCAGUUGCUGCGUCUGCUCCCGUGAAGUUCUACCCUACUUCUAAAGUGGGCGAAUAUUACGGGGCAGUAUCGCUUUCGCUGGGUGUGUUGAACUUACUAACGCCCAUGGUGAGCACAGCGUUGUACAAAAGCGGAAUCAAUCAGGGAUUUCCAGGGUUACCUUUCGUUUUCAUUUCUUUGCUCGCGUUUAUUUCUUUCGUUUGCACGAUAGUUGCAAAGUGGUUCCAGCGUACUGAGAUCGCUCUUUCGUAG